CAUGCUGAUUAUUACGAAGAAGUUUUAACUGAUUAUCGUGCAAAAUGUCCUAAAUUACAUGAACUCAAAAAAGCUAUGCGUCGACAAAAUAAUCGAAUACAAUCAAAAUUAUUUCGAGGAAUUCUCCCAACUAUAGAAAAAUGGGAACAUCUCAAAAAGGAAUGGACUCCCUCAGAUCGCAUAUUAUCAGCACAUAUACUUUCCCGGAGAAUUGCUUCCCAAAAAUGUUUAGAACUUCAUCAAAUAAAAUAUCCUGAAAUUCCAAUCCCAUUAAUUUAUAGGCCAAGAGAUGGACGCAAACAAAACUGCCUUGUCCAGAUCCCUGGCCUAUCUGAAAAGAAGGAGUUAGUAAAAAAUGACAUAGUAUACUUAUCCUUAAAUACACUUCCUGACAAAUUCUUAAAAGAUAUGUUGGCGGAUAAAAAAGUCAUAGAUUGGGAACUUGGAUAUGCUAUGACUAUUCAUACUAGUCAGGGGAUGACUCUUAAGUCACCACAGCGUGUUUGGAUUAUUGAUGAAAACUUAGCCUGGGAUAAUCUAAUAUAUUUGGCAGUUGGUCGUGUGGAAUAUUUAAACCAACUCAUUCGGGUUGAAGCGCCUCCAUUACCUCCUGAAAUUGCCCAAGAGAUUGAGGAGGCAAAAAAGAAAAGACAGCUAAAGCACAAAUUGAGACCGUCUAUUCAGGAAAAACUUAUCGGAUAUAUAGGCCAGGACAAAGAAAAAGGUCGUAAAUUUGAUCUAACAGUUGACUAUAUCCUCACAUUAAAAUGUAUUCAAGAAGACAAAUACGCAUCAUGUCUCAUCGAAAUGAAAUUCGAAUGGGAUCAGCCAGGAGAUAUACUUCAGUGGACAGUAGAUCGAAUUCACAAUAGUUUGGGGCAUAUUAAAGGGAAU